GUGGCGCUAGCAACUUAGCUGAGAUGCGCAAAUUCAUUUGGAAUGUGAAUGUUAUUGCUCAACUAGUUGUGUGCUUUACCUCAUUUAAUCACUAUAUAUUGGCAUGUGGGAUUUUUCCUUUAUGACAGAAAAGAAGGAUGUUGCUCCAAGACACUUAGCUCUUAUUGAUCAUCAAUUCACCAUUGAUGUGGCUUUGAUUUGUUUUUGUCAACUUAAUUGUAACUGUUACACUUGUAUCCACAUGCAACAUGCGUUAUUUUUGGCCUUAAAGCUGCAUAUUGUACACAAAAAUAAUUGUGCAACUCGGGGAAAAAGGUUACAAGCAUCCCUGGGAGUAUGCACCAACUUGAAUUUGUAACUUUUUUGGUACAGUCUUUAUUAUAACUUUGUUACGUUAAGCUGCCACAUGAAGCAUGCUUGAUUCAUUUUUCACUAUGUAUUUUCAAAAAGCACCUUCGUGAAAGCUUUCUAGUCUUCGAAAACUUAAUUGUUUCGGUCCACUUUUUUUUUUUUUUUUAAUUAUCACUGGCGCAGUAUUGUUAUUUGGUCCUCCCCUUAUUUCUAUUUUAUUGUCUGUUUCUUGUUUAGAAUAUAGGUUCUGGACCGAUCAAUGGGAUGGUGUGUCUGCCUUUGAUUACUUUAAUCUGAUAGGCUAAGUGGUUGUUUGGUUUCACCUCCAACAAUUUAGUACUUGUUACUAGACGGAACAAACAUAACCUAUCAUUUUAUGCUUCUGCGUCAAUAGUGGAAGGACUCAAUUUUAGAUCCAAUGCAACGGAGAUUCAAACAUUAUUUGAAACAUUGAGUACAUAUUUUUUCGUCCUAAACCUUAUCACUUAAAUGAAGAAAUUUGCUAGUUUUAGAGUAUGCCAACAUAUUGCCUUAUUAACAUAUAAUUUAACGUCGAAAGCAUUUAUGUCAGUCUUUAAUCUUGAUCACCAAAUCAGAACCAGUGGUUUAUUAUGCUUUUUUUUUUCUUGAUAACUUGUCGUUUUCGUCAAUUUUGGGCGAUUUCAAGUGGAAAUGUUUAUAUGAUAAACAAACAGGCUUCUAAUUUAUUAUAAAAUAUCGUCCAACUUGAAAAGUCUUGGGCAAACAAGUCAAUGCCAGAAAUUUCCAUGAAACCUUCAGUUUCAGUUUUCAAGAAGUGGAAGCUCAUUUUGCAGCAAUAACUAUUCCAAUAUAAUAUACAAAAUCAAUCUAUUGCUCCAAAACCGUAGGAUUUGUGCCUACCAGUACAGCCGUAAGAUUUACAGGUUGAUACUAACUAAGGAGAAAGAAUACUUUUUAACUUAUUAUGAUUACGGUUCGAGACUCCCUAACUUCAGGAGCCUGUAAGUUCAUAGUAUUUAUAAGCAUUCAACUACUCAAGCAAUGAUGAUUGAUAAACAACAGCACCCAAGGAUCGAGCAAAAGCUUGCUGGCCAGCUUCACUUGAGAUCCAACUCCAACCUUUCCCCACAUGUUGGAAAAAGGCUAGCUCUGUUUCAGCAGCGAUUCUCACUAGCAAAUUAUUCAAAUGCAGGGUUACAGUUCCCUCUCAUGCCUGCGUGCAAGCCCACAAACUACAUGCAUUCUGCAGGUUCACCAGUGUUCAUCCCAUCGCCUUCGGAGAAAAACUGGGGAAGGUUUGCCACUGAUUUUCUCAUGGGUGGAGUUUCUGCGGCAGUGUCCAAGAGUGCAGCUGCUCCGAUUGAGCGUGUAAAGCUUCUCAUUCAAAAUCAGGAUGAGAUGAUCAAAGCGGGCAGGCUCUCUGAACCCUACAAGGGCAUUGGAGAUUGCUUUGGAAGAACAAUCAAAGAUGAAGGGUUUGUUUCAUUGUGGAGAGGGAACACUGCUAAUGUUAUCCGUUACUUCCCAACACAGGCCUUGAAUUUUGCAUUUAAAGACUACUUUAAGAAGCUGUUCAACUUCAAGAAAGACAGGGAUGGAUACUGGAAAUGGUUUGCAGGGAACGUAGCAUCUGGUGGUGCAGCAGGAACCGUGUCUUCAGUGUUUGUAUAUUCAUUGGAUUACGCUCGAACCCGCCUUGCCAGUGAUGCCAAGGCUGGAAAGAAGGGUGGAGAGAGGCAAUUCAAUGGCUUGAUCGAUGUGUACAGGAAGACUAUUCAAUCAGACGGUGUUGCUGGCCUCUACCGUGGCUUCAACGUAUCUUGCGUUGGAAUCAUUGUCUACCGUGGUUUAUACUUUGGCAUGUAUGAUUCUCUGAAACCAGUGGUCUUGGUGGGAACUUUGCAGGAUAGUUUCUUGGCUAGCUUUGCUCUGGGGUGGCUGGUUACUAUCAGUGCAAGCAUUUCCUCGUACCCCUUGGAUACGGUUCGCAGAAGAAUGAUGAUGACAUCGGGUGAAGCUGUGAAGUACAAAAGCUCUUUGGAUGCAUUCUCGCAAAUCGUGAAGAAUGAAGGUUCAAAAUCUCUCUUCAAGGGUGCCGGCGCAAACAUCCUUCGUGCAGUUGCAGGUGCUGGUGUGCUUGCUGGUUAUGACAAACUUCAGUUACUUGUUCUUGGAAAGAAGUAUGGUUCUGGUGGGGCUUGAUUACAACAAGUGUCAUAUACUGAAUAUCUGUGGUACCAAAACUGCAUUCAAAGUCAAGUGUUUUAUUUAUUUAUGUGUAAA